GAGCAGCCUCAGUCGAGUCUGGAAAUUUAUAUCGACACAAUGACCUCCUCCAGGAAUGUUUGCCUUUUUCUGGCCGUGCUCAUCGCCUACGAUUCGCUGGCUCCGAGCCAAGCCUUUGAGCUCUCGCCGACGAUGAAAAAGCAAGUAGCAAAGCUGAAGGAUCGCUGCAUUAAACAGACAGGAGCAUCCGCAGAACGAAUGCUCCAGGCGAAGAAAGACCAGGUAUUGCCCGAUGAUCCGGCCUUCAAAUGCUUUCUGCACUGCAUGUUUGACAUGUUAGGACUGAUCGACAGCCGCAACGUAAUGCAAUUGGAGUCUCUUAUCGAAGUCCUGCCUGAAGAGAUUCACCCCGAGAUCAACGAACUAGUUGGCAACUGCGGCACCCAAAAGGGAAUUGAUGGCUGCGACACGGCUUUUCAAACCGUCAAGUGCUAUCUCAGUGUGAACAAAGAUUUCAUCACGGAGCAGAUAAUGAAUUCAAUGCAAUAGAAGUUCUCACACACCUGUAGAGGUCGCGAUCCACAAUCCCCAGAAGGAGCAAACAGCGCAGGAUGCGCAGUGACUCGACCUGAACGCGUACCAUUUUUCCCUGAAAAACGAGAGAGAGUCUUCAUUAUGUAUACCAAUAAACCAAUAAAAGAUCUGCUACAAACCCCAA